ACAGAGACUGAGAGAGUUCCGAAUGCCACUUCCGACGUAAACAAAAAUGACCUCGUUAGUUGGAAAUGUAAUACAGGCAGAAAUUGGAGCUCCAGAAAGGUGGCCAAGCAAUGUCAAACUGUAUGAGCCAUACCAAGCUGAGCAGAUUAUCUUGCCAGACCAUGCUAACUGUCUUAGUGUUAGGACUUUUCUCAAGAUGUGCAAUUUACCAUUCACUAGAGAAUUACGUAUAAAUGCAGAGGAAAUGUCACCCUCAGGUUCUGUUCCAUUUCUGCAAGCUGGGGUGUUCCUAGUAGCAGAGUUUGACCCUAUUGUAGCAUUUGUUGGCCUUAGGGGAUUUCAAUUAAGUCAGGACCUGUCUGAGACAGAGAAGUCAGAUCUUCGAGCCUACUGCUCUAUGGUGUCUAGGAUUCUGGGAAAUGCUGAGAAAUACUUGUCUUGGAUGAUGGAUACUAUAGCUGUUGAGGUGACCCAGCCUCGAGUAGGGGCCGUUCAUCCAUGGCCAUUAAACUGGAUGAUACCGAUGAUGAAAAAGUUUGAGGUCAAAUCUCAAUUAAAGAGUCUAGGAUGGGCGAACAAAACGCUUGAAGAGGUUUUGAAUGAAAUUAAGUCUUGCUGCCAGGCAUUAUCAGAAAGGUUGGAACAGCAGAAGUACUUUUUUGGAGACCAACCCACAGAACUAGAUGCUUUAGUGUUUGGACAUCUCUUCUCUUUGCUGACAAUACAACUUCCAGCUGUGGAUAUAGCUGCUGACAUUAAAGAGUUUGUGAAUCUUACAGAAUUCUGCCAGAGAAUUGAAUCUAAAUAUUUCAAAGAAAAAGAGGAUGACUAGUCUUAUUUAGAAUUAGAAUGUGUACUUUCAAUAAUUAUAAUGAAUUACUGGUAGAAUUGAGCCAUCAUUGAGAACUGAGAUUGAACUGAUCAAUCAAAUUGACAGUAGCCUGGUAAAUGCAAUUAUAUUAUUAUAUAAUGUCUAUUGUGAAUCUGAAAAAUGGGUAUGAAACUGUAAAAUAAAAUGAUUAAUCUUC